AGCAGCUCACCUUCGUUUACGCUGAUUCGAUUAGCUGUUACACCUUAAUACUGUGGUGCUGCAGAAGGGUGAUUGCCUCUACAUCAAGAAGACCAAAUGAAGGAAAUCGUCAUUUGAAAUCGUGCAGCAUUCCCGGGAGCAUUUAGAAUCAGUGCAGUGCUGAGAUUGUGUCAGAGGCGGACUGGGUAUUGAAGUAGUUCAAGAGAACAAAGUGUGAACUAGUAAAGGGGGCUGGAGUGGAUCGACGAAGACUCAAAAGGCUAUCGAGGGACACAGCAAAGGAAAGGAUGGGCGAUUGGAUGAGAGGCGCAUAGUGAGAGACACUGCUUUGGGCGCGAGUGCGAGAGAAGGAGCGAUCGAGGGGUCGCGAAGGUGCUUACCACAAUUUCGGUCAGGGCGCAUCGCUUGGCUUCCUUUCCCGUUGUCAUCAGCUGAUUUUGUGAAACUGCCUUCUGAAAUGCCUCCUCUGUGUAAACUGCUGGUGUCCUGUCUACCUUUGUUCGCUUCCCACAUUUUUGAAGUUGUUUGUGAAGGAAAACUGAAACUGACUGUGUUAUCUGAAGACAGACUGCAAAUGAAAUGGAAAGAAGCUGAAGGCACCCAUCAUGGCUACAAAGUUCGUGUAAAGCCUCUGGCAGGCGUGAGCGAACAUGAAAUGAUGUUAAAGACCAAUACUGCUAAGGCAACUGUGGCAGGUCUGGUGUCCGCACAGGAAUACGCUCUUCAGAUUUUUGUACUGAAUGGAACACAGGAGUUGCUUUUUGCCAAACGAAAAUUUAGCAUUGACAACUUGAGAGAAGAAUCAAAAGAGAGAAAUUCUAAAAGGAACCAAAGGAAGCCCAAAGAUGAUAGUCCAACUGUGUCUGGAAAUGAAAACGGGUCAAAAGUGGUUGAAUCUCCAUCUGUUGUUUUAUAUAAAGAAUCCUCUUUGCCAGCUAAAGAGUCACAGAGUGAAAUGCCAACAGAUAAAACAUCUAAAGGCCAAAAAAAAAAUCGAACAGGAGGCAAAGACUCUGUGAAGGGGGAGAAAAAAAAUAAAGAGAAGGAAAGCCAAGUGAAGGAGCAGCCAGGGAAGACGAUGGUGAAGCAGGGAGCUGAAAGUAGUGCAGAUGCAGGAAAGCCUUUUAUCUGUGAGACUGCAGUGCCGGCAGACAUUGUGAUCCUUGUGGAUGGCUCUUGGAGUAUUGGCCGUUCUAACUUCAAAAGAGUCAGAGAAUUCUUAGAAAACUUGAUGAUGUCAUUUAACAUUGGGUGGCAUAAGACCCGAAUAGCUUUGACUCAGUACAGUGGAGACCCACGGAUAGAGUGGAAUCUGAACAAUUUUUCCAGUAAUGCUGAAAUACAGACUGCUGUCCGCAACUUUCGCUACAAGGGUGGCAACACAUUUACAGGCCUAGCCCUAAUGCAUGUUCUUGAGGAAAACCUAAAAGCUGAAUCUGGUGCUAGACCUAGUGCUCCCCAGUUUGUCAUUUUGGUCACUGAUGGGAAAUCCCAGGAUGAUGCCAAUGCUGCUGCUCAAAAAUUGAAGAGCAAAGACAUUGAAAUCAUAGCAGUUGGAGUAAAAAAUGCAGAUGAAGCUGAGCUGAAGCAAAUUGCCUCCGAACCCAUUGAGCUGAAUGUUUUCAAUGUUGUUGAUUUUCACUUGCUCAGCCUACUGGUUGAUAGGCUUGCCAGAAUUGUGUGUGGAAGAAUCGAAGAAAGAACAAAGAUGAAAGGAGGAGUCAAACCCACAAAGGCUACCAGUGAGGUGUACCCAGGAGCAACAGACUUGACUUUCAGUGAACACACUAGCUGGAGUUUUUACAUUGGCUGGAAGCCACCCCUUUUAACUGUGCACAAGUAUAGAUUAGUAUAUCACAAUGCUGAAGGUGGAAAUCCCCAAGAGGUGGUGUUGAAUGGAACUGUUUCUGGCUUGGUUUUAAAAGGGUUAUCUUCCAACACAAAAUAUAUGGUUUCUUUGUUUCCUGUUUAUGAAAGCAAAGUGGGAGAAGGACUUAGUGGGUCAACCUCUACCUUGCCUCUGUCACCUCCCACACAACUUCAGAUUUAUGGAGCAAGGCACAACAGCUUGAAGGUGAAAUGGCACCCAACAGAGGGAGCCACAGAGUACAUGGUUUUAUAUUCUCCUGUGAAUGAGGAAGAGCCAGACGAUGGCAAAGAGGUGAAGCUUGGCCCAAAUGAAACAGAUGUGGAACUGAAUUUUUUACUUCCAAUGAAAGAAUAUUCUGUGUCUGUUUAUGCUCUUUAUGGGGAUGAGCCUAGUGAUCCUGUCACUGCUACAGCCUUUACACAACCCCUGAAUCCUCCUGAAAGUCAGAUUUUUUCAGAGGUCACUCACAGCAGUGUUCGGGUGUCCUGGGCACCUGUCUCAGACAAUGUGAAUCAGUAUCAGGUGACAUACAUUACAAACCGUGGCAGUGAUGUUAAACAGGUUGAUGUUGUUGGUUCAUCGGUCCUCCUUAAAAACCUUUCAUCAUUGUCUAACUACCUAGUGACAGUUCGAUCUGUUUAUAACGAGGUGCUCUCUGAGCCUCUUAUCAGCAAUGUUACAACCCUAAAAGUUCCUUCUCCUUCUAAUCUGAGAGUGACAAAUUUCGCCGGUGGUAAGGUAGACCUACAAUGGACGCCAGCAGCUGAUGAUGUUGUUUCAUAUAAAAUCAAAUGGAUUUCUCUCAGUGGAGGCAAAUUGAGAGAGCAUAUUGUGGGUGGAGAUCAAGUAUCUACUGUCCUGGAGGGAGUGGAAAAUAAUGCUGAGUAUCAGAUCUCUCUCUCUGCUCAAUAUGCUGAUGGAGCUCAAAGUGAAGCAGUGGCUGCUCGAUACAGCACCUUUUCCAGAAGUGCUCCAGCUAACUUGGUAAUAGACAGUGAGACACCAACUAGCUUUGUGGUGAGGUGGGACCAUCCAAAUUCCCAUGUGCAUCAGUACAGAGUUGCUUACAAUCCACUGAGAGGAGAACAGACUGAACAAAUUGUGACGGUCCCAGGUAAACUCAACAGUGCAAAACUGGAGUCACUUUUGCCUGAAACCAAGUACAGUGUCCAGGUUACUGCUGUCUACAGCAACAGGGAAGAAGGCAGUGCACAGACUCAAGGAAAAACAUCGAGUCUCCGGGUUACCAGUCUGAAAGUCUACAAGUCAGAUCACUCCAGUAUGUGCACCGGAUGGAAACUCAGCCAUGAAGCCACUAGCUACAGGAUUGUAAUUGAGUCCCUAAAAGAUAAGAAAACAAGGGAAGACAUAUUAAGUCAAGUGACAAAUAGCCACUGCUUUCUGAACCUAGAACCUGACACUGUCUACCGGAUCAGCAUCUUUUCACAGCUGCAGUCAGCAGAAGGUGAUCCUGUCACUGUACUGCACUCCACAAGUGCAGCGCCUGCAAAAGUUCCCUCUGUUUCCAAAUUCCAGCUACAGAACAAUGAAAUCAAUGAGGGAGAACCUCAGUCUAUGGCAACAAUUUAUCAGCUUGUCACACAAACUUGUGAACAACUUGUCCAUACUCAUGUUUUAAGGUUUGAUUCCCUUCUGCACGAAUUGAGUAAAAACCCUGCCCCUCUUCAAGAGAUAGUGGGAGCACCAGGUGAGCCAGGCAUUCCAGGAUUGUUGGGAUCUCCAGGGCAAAAAGGUCCUCCAGGCCCACCAGGCCCACCAGGAGAUCCAGGCAAGGUUGGAUAUCCAGGAGAGCAAGGAAGAUCUGGGCCUUUGGGGGAAAAGGGGAGCCCAGGGUCAAAUGUGCAAGGUCCAGGGGGGUCAGUGGGUCCACCAGGUCCUCCAGGUGAAAUGAAGACAGGACCACAAGGUCCAAAUGGAGCAGAAGGCCAACCAGGACUAGCAGGACUCCCAGGUAGCAGAGGUGUGCCAGGAGAGCCUGGUGCCCCUGGAGGCUGUGAUAACAGUGGCUGUAACAGAGGUGAUUCAUAUUUUUAUUUUUAGUUUUGGACAUCUAGUGGACUGAAGAAGGUACCCUACAGAAGGAUUACAAACAAAAGCCAUUGUUAUGCUUUGACUUGCAAAGUCUGGACUGGCUUCCUUAUUUGUCACAAUUAUCUAUUCAAAGCAUAAUGUUAUUUUUCACAAUGGCACCAAUCCAAGUUUGCAUUUUUGUGCUUAGGAACUCUGGAACAGAAGCCAUUUCAGGAAGAUAACUUCAGGCUUAAAAUUGGAGAGCUCAUUAACAAAAAGCAAGUCGUUAUCUUUUUGCCUUUUACAUUAAGUGGCUGCCAGCUUCUCCUGUAUAUCUCUUUAACUCCAUAAUUAUAACGGCUAGAUAUGUGAACUUGAGGGAGGAUGUCAGAAAACUCCAAUUUUAUUUCUUAAUCAUCUCUUCCUUUUUUCUUCUUUCUUUGAUAAAGUUCAGCUUGUGCCUUAAAGAGAUACAUUUUAAAAAUUAUAAUGCACAUGUAUUUAAGUACGUGACUGUGCAGACCUAUGGUAUGUUCUAAUGAAGGAUGGACUGAAAUGGUCAAACUUUAGAGUUUUGUCAGUGUAAAUGGAAUAAUUCUUCUCAGGACGUAGGUAAAUUCAUGAUAUAGCUCUUUUUUUCUUUAAUUACACUUAUUGUUUUUUGAAAAUAUCAAACCCACAUAACUAUAAAAAGUGGUUAACAUGU